AUGUUUGUCUUAAAAAUUGGAUUCCCCAAACUCGAAAAGGGAAGAAGUAGAAGGAAGGGAAUUUUUUUCUUCAACACCGCAAGUCAGUCAAAUGUAAAACUUCCAAAUAAGUCUGGGGACACAAAUGAGAAAUGGGGAAAUGUGUUCCAUUUUGAGGGGAAAAUUUCCCCCAAUUUUGAAAAUUUAAAUUUGCAAAAUUUAAAUAACAGGGAAGUGCUAUACUAUCUAGGAUACUGCAGUAAAAAUAAGUUACUAAAAUUGCACCUCUUAAAUUCGAACAUGAAAGAAUUGCACAGCUUAGUGUUAAAUAGUGUAAAUUGCAUUUCUACUGAUUUUCAUCAGAAUAAAAAAAAUAUAUUAAAUCCGAAGUGUUAUCAGGAGGGGGUGAAAAACAUCCCAAAGAAACCCUUUUUCGACAUUCACGAUUUGACAAAACGGGAAAACUAUGGAGACAGCGGUUGCGCUUUUUCCCCCCAAAGUUGUGGCAACAAGGAUGGUGAUAAAAAUGGACACAUGUUAAUCAAAAAGGACGCAUCCUUAUAUGAGAAAAAAAAUGUAAACAAAUGCCAAGGAAGGGAAAGGAAUGGAAACAACGAUGUAGAGAACUUACUUAAAAAAGACAACAAAUUUAUAUACACCAAUGUCGAGAACAGGAACAUGGAAGCGUCUAAUGAGUUUGUGUGCAACGAACAUGUAAAAAAUAUAUUUGACUUGUUAUCCAUUUUUUUUCUUCAAAAUGUGAACAUUCUGAACGACCAUUAUUUGUGUCGAAUUUUUUACGGAUACAAUAAAAGCAAAUUUGUGAAUGAGCGAUAUUUGAACAAUUUAAGUUUUGAGAUUAUCAAAAGGAUAAAAAAAAUCAGGACGUUCCAUUUAUACUUAAUAUUGAUGAAUUCGCACUAUCUCAGUUAUGUGGACAAAACUUUUGUAAAAAUUUUACUUAUUCAUAUUGUUAAUAAGCUUUCCCAGUUGCCGUGUGAAGCCAUAUGCCAAGUUUUACCCGUCGUCCCCUUAUUCAUUCACUCGGAAAAGCUUACGUACAAAAUUAAUGUAAUAUAUGCGAAGAAAAUUGCUAGCUUUAAUCAAGUCAGUCAUGCUGUUAGCUUGUUUAAAAAAAUGAUACAGUGGAAAAUGAUAUCCCAAAAAAAUAUAUUCCUCAGCUUUAGCCAUUUGAACAAAUUUAUGAAAGUCAGAAAGGGGUCCAUCAAGGGGGAUGCCCAAAGGGGAACUUCCCUCCAUCGGGGGAAAGCAAAAGAAGGGGGAGUCACCCCCGAGCCUCCUUCCCAGACGCCGAACGACGAACAAAUGAUAAACAAUGUAGUGGCAAACUUCGACCCACUUGACGGGAGGGUCGCACGAGGCGAUCAUAUAAAAUUUCCAGUAAGAAAUACCUCAAGGGGGGGAAGCAACCGUUCACAGGAUUACACUAUUGGUAGAGGGCCCCCUCAGAAGGGCAGUGGUAGUGCAGCGCUGGCGGGGGGGUUUUCUCCCACGGCGGAGGAAAUGUUUUCAUUUGAACAGGAGCUGAUGAGAUGUAGCAAAACUUCCCCCAGGGAAAAGAACCCCAGCGUAAAAUUUGGAAGUGAAAACGUUGGAAGUGAAAAAUUUGGAAGUGAAGAAUUUGGAAGUGAAGAAUUUGGAAGUGAAAACUCUGGCAGUGAAAACUCCGGCAGUGAAAACUCCGGCAGAGAAUCUCCCCACAGUGAGAACACCCGCGAGGACGCGUCGCGAACGCACAAGGGGGACAGCCUCCUUUUCAACCUAAAACUCAUCGAAAUGCACCUGAUACACGACUUCAAAAAUAUAUACUGCCUUCUCCCGAGUGAUUAUAAAAACUUCCUUCAAAAAAUUCGGACCCUUCCAUGUAGCGUUAACAAAAAUAUGCAAGGAGAAAAAGAAAUUUACAUUUUAAAGAAAUAUAUGAAAAUGCUAAAUUAUGAAUUUAUUACAUUUUUCCAUGGCCCCUACGUGCUGCACAUUUGUGACCCCUUUUACAAAAUUUAUCUGGAGUGGGAGAAUGGAUGGAAAUUAUAUCCACUGUAUCAGCAAAAUGCGGAAAGAAAUUUCCGAGAAAAUAAAAUCAGUCACCUGAAAAGGGAAGGGUUUAGUGAAAUUCUCAUUUGCCAUGAUACCUUUGCGAAUUGUCCAAGUGAGGAAGAAAAAAUCAACUAUCUCAGUUCCGUUUUACAGCACACAAAAUUUUCCAAGUGUAGCCCCAUCAUUUGUGGGGCGGCCGCGGUUGCGCCCCCUCCCGUGGUGUCUCAGGACAUUUACCUCUGA